UCAUCUUUGUUUAUUUGCUGUGUGGAUGGUGGAUGGAGAUUUUUUUCCUUCGGGUGGUCUGUGUGAUAUCAGCUGAAAUCUAUGAUAAUGAAGUGUCUGGUGUGAUUGCAGUCAAAAUCUUUUAAGGAGAAUUGAAUGUUAAAUACGUAGCAAAGUGAUGUAAAAAUUGUUUUGAGAACGAAGUGUUUCCUCUGUUUUUAUAGAGGUUCAUAGUGAAAUUUGAAGCAUUUGCAAAUAUGGCUGAGAUCCAGCAUUACUUCAUUUUUUCCAAUAGGGUUGAAAAUUUACUUUUUAAAGACAUCAGUGUUUCCAGUAAUGGAGGCAUUGUCGGUCUUUGUUUUGGUGUUGCUCUUUUUACAUUUAUGUAUGAAGUAAUGAAAUCUCUCCGACAUUAUUUAGUCAUGUUGCAGAUGAGGAGGCAGAAUAACUCUGAACCAGAAUCUCCUGAACAUGAAAUUAUGAAUCCAAAGAACAUUCAUUCUGUUCUUUCAAAAAAGCCUUCCAAGAAGUUUUUAGAGAGGUUAAAGUUUCACGCUCUUCAGACUAUACUUCACAUGAUCCAACUUACUAUGGGUUACAUGGUGAUGCUUAUCAUAAUGAGCUACAAUGGCUGGUUGCUGAUAACAAUCAUGAUUACAACUGCUCUGUGUUUCUAUUUUCAUGAAUUUGUUCUGUCUAUGAAAUCAAGAAUUCUACCAGUAGAAAUACCUGGAGCCAAUCUUUAAAUGAUGCUUAAUUAAAUGAAGAGCUUACACAAUUAUUAGAAGGUUUUAACAUAGGUUGUGAUUGAUUUAUUUAUAUGUUUCCCCCUUUUGAAAGCAUUUAAAUUUUUUUCAAAAACUUUAGGACCAUUCUUCAAAGAAUAUAAAUAGAAAUUAAAAAACAGAACUCUUGGCCACUAUCAUUUUUUGUUUCCAUUCAACUAUGUAUUUUUUUUCUAGCAUAACUUUCUGAUAUACAGCAUUAUGUUUAUAAGAAAAUAUUUCUGCUAACUUAGAUUGGGUCAUAAAUAACUUGCAGUUUGAAAGUAGGCUUAUAUAAAUGCUCCAAAACAUGUAGAAACGGUCAAAAAAUGAUUAGAUAUAAAAUACGUUACUUUUUAUACCUUAAAGCAUGAGAAAAUGGCUUCUCUCUCAGAAUAACAUAUUUAAUUUGAUUUAAAACAGGAAUUUUUAAAGCGUGUACUGUUGCACCCUAAUGCGCUGCAGGGUUAAGUAAGGGGUAUUGCAAGGUUUCUAAGACUUCGAAUCUAAUAUCAAUCCUUAAAUAAUAAUAUAUCGAUAUUGAACCAGAAAGAGUUUCAAAAUAGAGUUGAUAUUGUUUAGGAUAGAUGCAAGGGUUUAUUGGUAAAUACUAAUAAAAAGUUAUAUGAGGGUUCUCAUUCCCUUUACUACCUUUAAUACUUGUGCAUUGUAAUCAGGUUUUAACCAG